AUUUACAUCUCGGCCUGACAGUGACGUAAGAGUGACAGAAGUUAGACAUCACGGAAUUAUUAAAAAAUAACCUAAUUUUGUUGAAAAAAACUAAACAAAUACAAUUUAUUUAAAAAAUGCGAUUAACAUUGAAACUGUUAGGCAACCAUCAUCCAUCUUUCAUAGCUCGUACAGUAUUCGUUAAAAACAACGAUGUGGAUAGCGCUUGCAGGCUCCUGAACAGAAUUUUGGGUAAAGAAGGAAUUCUGGAGCAAUACAGACUUACGAGAUAUUAUGAGAAACCUUUUCAGGUCAGGCGAAGAGUAAACCAUGAAAGGUGUAAAGCCAUAUACAAUGAGGACAUGGCUAGGAAAAUCGAGUUUGUACUCCGAAAGAACAGACACGAGCCAUUUCCAGGAUGUCAUUAACUCUUUAUCUUGGUCUUAGCUGUAGUUAGAAUUAAAAAUGUUUAUAAUAAAUUGCUAAUUUAACACAGUU